CUAAAUGCCUUAUAAUGGGAUGUGUUCUUUGUUCUUACAAACAAAAUUAAAUUUUUUUUUUUAAAGAACUCUUCUUCUUCUUAUUCUUCUUCAAUGAUGAGAUCAAGAAGCAGCAGCAGUGGCGGCAGCAGCGGCGGUGUCGGGGGUGGUGGCUGCGGAAACAGCUCGGUCAGCUGCUACCGAGGCCACUGGCGGCCGGCUGAGGACAAUAAACUCCGGCAACUCGUUGAACAGUUUGGCCCUCAAAACUGGAAUUACAUUGCUGAACACUUCGAGGGCAGAUCCGGAAAAAGCUGUAGAUUGAGAUGGUACAAUCAACUCGAUCCAAAUAUAAACAAGAACCCGUUCACCGAAGAAGAAGAAGAGAGACUUCUAAUGUUUCAACAGCUUCAUGGGAACAAAUGGGCAUUAAUCGCGAGACAUUUCAAAGGAAGAACAGACAAUGCCGUCAAGAAUCACUACCAUGUAAUAAUGGCCAGAAGAAGAAGAGAACGUUUCACAAUCUUCACUAAUCACAACAACAACAAUAUUCUACGAACCCGUCAUAGCUUAUUGCCGUUUUCAAAGGUCCUACAAAGCUCGCAACAAAAAACCGCCGUCAAAUGGACACCUCUCAUGGCCACCACCGUGCUUCGACAUGGCGGUGGAAUGUUGGCUCCGACAGCGGCGGUGGUGUCGGGUUCCGACGAGAGGGAGGAGCAAAAGAGGAGGGUUCCAUUCAUAGACUUUCUUGGUAUGGGAAGCUCUUAGUUUAGCCAAAUUUUUAAUUUUCUUAGGAUGUAUGAGUUUCAUCUUGGUUGUCAAAUGUAAGAGUAAUUAUGGAUUGCCAACUAUAUUAUAAGAGAUUGUCCAUUAACGUUUUUA